AUGUCCGUCGCAGUCGUACCAAACAUCUCUGAUAUCGGUCUGAGCAUUGUUUAUGAUGCUCAACAGGAAGCGCUUCUAGACAUCGCUUUUCUCCAUGGUUUAACAGGCCAUCCGAAGAAUACUUUCGAGAUUGUUGAUCCUGCCAACGCUCAGAGAAGAAUAUUUUGGCCUCAGGAUCUCCUCCCUCAGAAAGUGUCAAAGUCUCGCAUCUUGACCCUUGGAUACUACUCGAAUUUUGUUUCGUUCGCUGGCGGCGUUGUGACGCAAAACCGCAUCGAAGACAUUUCAGCCUCCCUGUUGGCGAGCAUUGCUGAUUUGCGUCGGGAUACGAAAACUGAAUCGCGUCCUAUCAUAUUCAUAUGCCACUCGCUCGGCGGACUCGUCUGCGCCAACGCCCUCUCCACUACGAACUACAACGCCGAUUUGAAAGCUGUCAUCGCACACACCAUCGGCGCAAUCUUCCUCGGUACACCCUUUCGCGGCUCCGGCUCCGCUACGUACGGGCACAUACUCGAGCGAGUUUAUAAGUACUUCGGCGAGACAAAUGGCGACAUUAUCAGCGAUCUUAAGAGAAAUGCAGAUAGACUCGAGACGAUAAGGAAGGAGUUUCACAAACUGGUCAACAGCCGUGCAGAACAGGGUCGGCGCUUGGAAGUCCGAUUCUUCUUCGAAAGCAUUGCUGUGAAGCCAUCGUGGUCGUGGUCACCCUGGGUUCCGUCAGUGCAGAUUGUAGACCACACUUCAGCGGUCUUGGAAGGGUACGACGCGCUUUCGAUCGACGCAGACCAUCUGAACGUAUGCAAGUUCUCGAAAAUCGACGAUCCAGGCUUCACCCAUGUCGUCAGUGACAUCUUACAGAUUGUGGAAAGGGAUAAACGGGAGAAGGCGCCUACGGAAAACUCUGGGGUGCAUGUUACAGCUCCGUUCACAAUGGGCGAUAAAAACUUGAACUAUGGAAUGAUGGGGAAUAACUUUGGCAUGGAUCCAACCGCGAUGUGGGCAGCGCGGAGAGCAAAUAACGGCGGCGGUAGCGGUGACAGUGCCGGCAAUGUCAGGGGCAAUGGAGAUGCAUAA